AUGUCAAUUCCAAUUAAUCCAAUACAGCCAUUAAAGCAUACACCAAAUUUCACUGAUUCGGAAUUAGGCGAGUUUAAAGAGCAAGACAGAUUCCUCCCUAUCGCAAACGUCGCUAGAAUUAUGAAAAAUUCUCUACCUGAUAACGUUAAAAUUUCUAAAGAUUCAAAGGAAUCUGUUCAAGAAUGCGUUUCUGAGUUCAUCUCUUUCAUCACCUCUGAAGCUCAAGAGAGAUCUUUGUUGGAAAAGAGGAAGACGAUUAACGGCGAAGACCUGAUUCACUCCAUGUCCGCAUUGGGAUUUGAGAAUUACACUCAGCUUCUCAGAAUUUAUUUGGCUAAAUUUCGUCAUCAUCAAGCUUCUCUUGCUAGCAAGGCCCAAGAUGCUGGUGAGACUGAACAACCAGAAUUCGAUUGGGAUGAGUAA